CACCUCCUCUCUUUCUCUCUCUCAUGCAUCAACAGCACAAACUGUAUACGUACACCAACCCAUCAUCAAUGGAGAAGGCACCUCAAAGCACCUUUUGCCACUCUCUCUCAUUAACCGAGCACAUCGUUUUCCUCUUCUACAACACCAUAUUCAUCUGGCUCACCAUUCUCAAUAAGUUCUCCGCGCGGUUCCUCUCCCUCCUCCUCCCGCGUCACCACGAGGAGCUCCACGCAUGCGCUGCAUCGAGAUCGCAUCAUGCGGAAAAGAACCCGCCGAGUAACCGAGGAGACGAUCUUGCGUUGUUGGGAGGAGAUGUGGAGAUCAUCCUCGAUAAGAUGGGAAUACGUUGCGAGCUUAACGGAGAGCGGUUCAAGGAGAAACUGCGCUUUGACGAGCUCUCUACUAUGUUCGAAGAGAAGGAGCCGAGCAUGGAGGAAGUUAAACAAGCUUUCGCCGUGUUUGACGAGAACAGUGAUGGGUUCAUAGAUGCUGUGGAGCUCAUGAGUGUUCUCUCUAAGCUUGGGUUUAAGGAUGGGGUAAAAUUAGAUGAGUGUGAGAGGAUGAUUGCGUCUUAUGAUGAGAAUAAGGAUGGUAGGAUCGAUUUUAAUGAGUUUAUCAAGUUUAUGGAGAGCAGUUUUUGCUGAAUUUUUUUUUUUUUUUCUUUUGGGUUCUUAUUUCUUUAUGUACAUUUUUUGCCUUUUCUUGUAAAAAAGAAAAAGGGCGAGGAAAUAAGAGAAAGUUGAACAAAUUAAGAACAACAGUUGGAAGGAAAUUUGAUUGGUUAA